AUGUCUCUCAACAUACCCAACGCGCCGAAUGCAGGCCUGUUCAAGCAGGGCUACAACAACUAUGACUCGGAAGACGGAGCGGUCCUCCGCAACAUCGAUGCCUGCCGUGCCAUCUCGUCGACGGUGCAGACAUCGCUGGGUCCGUACGGCCGCAACAAGGUGGUGAUCAACCAUCUCCAGAAGAUGAUCCUGACGUCGGACGCGGCAACGAUUCUGCGGGAGCUCGACGUGGUGCACCCGGCGGCCAAGCUGCUCGUGAUGGCCAGUCAGCAGCAGGAGGCGGAGAUGGGCGAUGCGACGAACCUGGUGAUUGUGCUUGCGGGCGAGCUGCUGCGCAAGGCUGAAGACCUGCUGCGGAUGGGCCUCAAGACGGCCGACAUCGUGACGGGCUACGAGCGUGCGCAGAAGUUUGCUCUCGAGACGCUCGAGGAGCUGACGGUCGACAAGGUCGGCGAUGUGCGGUCGCAGGUGGAGCUGAGCAAGGCCAUUCGCACGGUGAUUGCGAGCAAGCAGAACGGCAACGAGGAUUUUCUGGCGAACCUCGUGGCCGAGGCGGUGCUGGCGGUGAUGCCCAAGAACCCGGCACUGUUCAACGUGGACAACAUCCGGGUGGUCAAGAUCAUGGGCGGCAGCCUCGAGCAGAGCCGGGUGGUACGCGGCAUGGUAUUCCCCAAGCCGCCCGACGGGACGGUGAAGAAGGUGGUCAAGGCCAAGGUCGGCGUGUUCUCGUGCCCGAUCGACACGAGCCAGACGGAGACCAAGGGCACAGUGCUGCUGCACAACGCCAAGGAGAUGAUGGACUUCACCAAGGGCGAGGAGGUGCAGCUAGAGGCGGCCAUCAAGCAGCUGCACGACGUGGGCCUGCGCGUGGUCGUGGCCGGGUCCACAGUCGGCGAGCUGGCCAUGCACUACCUGAACCGCUACGAGAUUCUCGUGAUCAAGAUCCUCAGCAAGUUCGAGCUGCGCCGGAUAUGUCGCGUAGUGGGCGCGACACCGCUGGCCCGGAUGGGCGCACCCAUGCCGGAGGAGAUGGGCAGCAUCGACGUGGUGGAGACGCUCGAGGUGGGCGGUGACCGUGUGACCGUGUUCCGGCAGGAGGACGAGGUGACGCGGACGGCGACACUGGUGCUGCGCGGUGCGACGCAGAACCAUCUGGACGAUGUCGAGCGGGCGGUCGACGACGGGGUCAACGUGGUCAAGGCCAUCACCAAGGACGCACGGCUGGUGCCGGGAGCGGGUGCCACGGAGGUGCAGCUGGUCGAGCGGUUGCAGGCCUUUGGCGAGAAGACGCCCGGCCUGGCACAGUACGCGAUCAAGAAGUACGGCGAGGCCUUUGAGGUGGUGCCGCGAACGCUGGCCGAAAGCGCCGGCCUGGACGCUACGGAGGUGCUCAGCCGGCUGUAUGCGGCUGCACACAAGAAGGACGAGUGGACCUACGGUGUCGACGUGGAGAACGACGACGGCACCGGCACGCUGGACGCCAAGAGCGAGGGCAUCCUAGACCUUCUUGCCAGCAAGAGCUGGGCCAUCAAGCUGGCGACCGAGGCGGCUCGGACUGUUCUCUCGGUCGACCAGAUCAUUGUGGCCCGGCAAGCCGGUGGCCCCAAGCCCCCAGGGCCGAACCCUGACAUAAGAGAAGUCAGGCUGUUCCAGCAACACAUCUGCGAGUACAGCUACUCUUGGAGACAGGGGCUGGACGCAAGAAUGGAGCUGUUCGGCGGAUCUACGGAUAGAGUCGCCACAAUGCUAGCACACAUUACAGGCAAGACGAAAAAAGCCUCGUAG